CUCUUUGACACCACCGUCAACAUGGGCAGCAUGGGCCUUCCAUGCAAGGAUUCCGCAGACCUAUACCUGGUCGAAGCAACACCAGAAGAAAGUCAUGCACAACUUAUCUCCAAUAGUCUCGAAUGGAGGGGACCAUUGAACCUGGAGCAAUACAUUCAACGUGAGACGCUUGCCGAGCAGGAACUCGAACAGGACGGUUUGACGAGAUGGAUGCUCGUGUACCAGCCUAAUGCCAACGGACCUCGACAAGUGCUCUGCGGCUGUGAAACAUUCAAGAAGAAGGCGCUGGUGGGCAAGGACGGCACGGUGGAGGAUGUGACUAGCCACGGUAUUGGCUCUGUCUUCUGUCCUCCUGAAUUUCGAGGCAAAGGCUAUGCUGGCAGGAUGAUCACGGAUCUGGGCGAGCGAUUGAAGACCUGGCAGGUCGAAGAAGGAAAGCAGUCACCGUUCAGCAUUCUUUACUCGGAUAUUGGAAAGGACUUCUAUCGAAUUCGAGGCUGGCAACUUUUCCCUUCUGCGCAUGUGACUCUCCCGUCGAGAGUAGUCGAAGUCCCUGCGAAUGUCAAGCUACUGCAGAGCGAAGACCUACCAGAGCUGUGCAUGAUGGACGAGAAGCUUCUCCGCAAAGCAGUUGGCGAGUCAACAUCUGGCAAGACGAAAGUCGCACUGGUACCAGGCCAUGGCACUUUACUAUGGCAUCUCUCCAGGCAGAAAACCGUCGCCAACACCUUGUACAAGAAGACACCAUCAAUUCACGGAGCCAUGGUCGGAGACACCCCCGGCUCCAGAGUGUGGGCAUACUGGACACGAGUCUGGGCUGGUCCUGAAGAAGAAUCUCCUAGUACCCUGCACAUUCUACGUCUUGUCAUUGAAGACGAGUCCUUCUCUGACUUCACCGCAGCAUCACCGGAAGGCGUUGCAAAGCUGCAAGACUCCCAGGUUGUGCGCGACAUCGAUGCCAUUUUCCAAGUAGCACAGACCGAAGCAUAUAAGUGGGACAUGGGAGAAGUGCUCCUUUGGAAUCCUUCAUCUGCGGCACUGGCUGCAGCACAACGCAUCGAGUCGAGCGCUGAGGUGGUUCAUCGCGAGAAGGAGAGUAUUGCGAGUCUGCGAUGGUAUGGGAGCGGGUCUUGGGAGGAUGUUCAAUGGCUGGCGAACGAGAAGUAUGGGUGGUGCUGAGAGAGUAUCGAGCGAAGUGACAGGAGGCUAUCACGACCUGGCCAGCCAACCACAACGCUUCCACGUCCGUUGC